AUCGUGUUGGUGGACGUAUCCAUACUCAUUACUUUACUGAUAAUGAUGAAAGACGUUUAUAUGCAGAACUUGGUGCAAUGAGAUUACCUUUUGUUCAAGAUCGGCCGGAUCUUAGUCCACAUCAACUUGUCUUUGAUACAAUUGAUUAUAUUAAUGAAUACAAUAAGAAGGAUGAUCCAGAUAGAGAAAUCAAACUCAUUCCUUUUAUUAUUAAUUAUCCAAAUUCUUUAUAUUACUUCAACAAUAAAAAAACUCCAUCUGGUGAAAUUAUGACCAGCAAUUACUCAGAAAGCGCUGAUGCAAAACAACUAGGAUUACCUGAUGAAAUUCCAUAUAAUUAUCUUAAACUUUGGAAUGAUGCAUUACAACCUUUCUAUGACGAAUUGGAUUCGAAUUUUACAAAUGGUCUUAUAAAUUUAAAACGUUACGAUAACUAUACUGUCUAUUCUUAUUUAAAAGAAAUUUAUCUUCCCAAAGUGUUACCAGACAAAUCUGCUGAUUAUGAUGAAAUUAUUAGUGCUAUUGAAUUGCAAGAAUCAGGAACGGGUGAAUUUCGUUUAUAUAGUUUUCCUACUGAAGUUAUUGACGCUCAUACCUUUGGUAACCCUAAUUAUGAGAUAAGCUGGAGGACCAUUGAUAAAGGAAUGCAACGGUUUCCUAAUGCUUUCUUGCCAAUGAUAAAAAAAGAAAAUAUUAAUCUGACAUAUAAUAGCGAA